GAUCCAGCGCCACAUGAUGAGCUAAGUAAGUAGAUCUCUGGCUCAAUUCUCAAAAAUCUUCGUCCAUAUCCAUACAGUCUCCUCUGAUGUCGCUCUUCGGGUAGAUCCUCAUGAUCUCCUCCGGUCUUGGUCCCUUCUCGUCUGUGGUUAUUUCUACUGGCCAUUUUAGCGUGGUAUCCACGUCCUUCACAAAUUGAAUUUGGUCGCUGCCGUCUUUCUUAGAUUUGUACAUGUAUCUCGUUGCCUAUUAAGUCCAGCAUCACACAUACGCACCGCCAACAUAAGAUGGCUUUCAAGAUAUUCAUGAUGCGAUUUCGACGGUAUUUGAUCUGCGACAAAGAUAGGCCAAAGCCCGGCCUGAACAUUGGUGGUCCGACCGACGUACGGGUGAUCGAUGUUUCAGACUCUCUCCCUGGCCUCACAGACGCUCAACGUAAGCAGAUUAGAGAAGAAGCGUCCAGCGGUGCCCUCCGCUUGCAAAGCAUGGAACCUCAACCACUCACAUCUCCUCCUUCAUCCAAGCACUCGGACACGCGCCAUCCAUCUGUCCCCACCAACACACUUGGAAGCCUUUUCUCCAAUACAGAAACAAUUUCGCACCAUUCUUUCGCAGGCAUGUCCCCUAAGGAACACGUCGUGGCGCCUCUCGAUACCGCUCCUAAAAAUCUAUCCAGCAAUGUUUCAGCAUCACGGCGCCGCAAAAGAAAAGACUACAGUCCAACAGCGACACGUAUGAAAAGUACGUGGAGUAGUGAUCGGCCAUAUAGCAGCGGGUCUAGCGGCGAAGACGAGAUCUCCCGGUCCUCCCAUUCUAAUGCAAUGGGCAUCGAGCUCAAGAAGCUUGGCACGGAGUCUCCACAUGCGCUGGAUAUAGACAAGGGUGAUCAUGUUCAGGAUAGCGCUCAUGGUGCGAAGGAGGUAGAAAGCAUGGUUACGGGACACGCUGCUGUCAGGCGACCCGAUGAUCAUGUACAUGUGGAGCACGACUGACAAGACCAAGGUAAACAACUUGACUGCAAGGGAGAAGAUACCGCUCGUCGCCUUUUAGAUGUUGAGAAGGCAGUAGACAGGUGUUGCCGAGCGUGAAGCACCCAUAAGAGAAUGUUAAAAGCGAACGAAGAAUGCAACGAUUUCGGUCGAAUGCAUUUGUUUGCAGAUCAUAAUCGAAAAUAGAAUACGUACUAUAUUAAAUAUUUUUUGAGCUACGUCACAAAAGCUUAGAAGGAGGUAUAUUUUCAGAAAAUAUGUUGUCGAAGAU